AUGCUGACCCCGACGCUGGCCUCGCCGCUGCUGCCGCUGCUGCUGCUGCUCUGCCCGGUUUCUUUUGGCCAGUACUCCAGCGACCAGUGCAGCUGGAAGGGCAGCGGUCUGACUCAUGAAGGCCACACCAGGGAUGUGGAGCAGGUGUACCUCCGUUGCUCGCAGGGCUCCCUGGAGUGGCUCUAUCCCACCGGAGCCAUCAUCGUCAACCUCCGGCCCAACACGGCGUCCGCCGCCGCCGCCCGCCUCUCCGUCUGCAUUAAGCCCUCGGCCGAGUCCAGCGGCACCAACAUCUACCUGGACCGCAGCGGGCGGCUGCGGCUGCUGCUGCGCGAGCAGGACCAGGCGCGGGGCCGGGUGCACUGCUUCAGCAUACAGGAGGGGGCGCUCUUCAUCGAGGCCGUCCCGCGCACGGACAUCAGCCGGAGGAUUACGGCCUUCCAGUACGAGCUGGUCAACGACAGGCAGAGAGCGGAGACCCAGUCGCUCAGCGCCCCCUGUCAGCCUUGCGGUGAUGCCGAGAUGCUUCUAGCUGUAUGCACAAAUGACUUUGUGGCACGAGGCAGAAUCAAGAAGGUGGAGCAGGCGGAGGAGCACUCAUCCGUCACCGUGGAGAUCAGUCGCCUCUACAGACAGAAGACGCAGGUCUUUGCGUCGGGGGGUGUGAGGGUACGGAGCUGGACGGGUCACAUCAAGCUGCCCCGUCAGUGUGGGGUGAAAGCCGGGGAAGGAGACUUCCUCUUCACCGGGACUGUGCGGUUCGGGGAGGCCUGGAUGGGCUGCGCCCCCCGCUACAAAGACUUCCUGCGGUUGUAUCAGGAGGCGCAGCAGCAGGGGACCAACCCCUGCCAUGUGGACACGGACUGA